GAUUUAUUUUUCACUAAAAGGGCAGCUUAUAACCUGAGCUCCAACAUGUUCUUUUAUUGAGUUAUUCAGUAAGGCAAUGUGCUUUUUAUGCCCUGCAGGAUGAAAUCAGGCUGGAGAACAGCUUAGAGCAUGGUUUCUGGAGGUCUGCUUGCUUCAGUUCUCUGUAACAAUGUGUUCUUUUGUAUGUACCACAUGACGUUGUGAAGUCUAACAUAGGGUUGGUCUUAGAUUCAGGGCUUUGGGAAAUGUUGGUGCAGUUCAUCUGCGUACAUGUCUAACUUCCUCUAAAGUGAACAAAUUUCCUGUGGAGCUCUUUGCUUCAUUUGGCCAGAGUCACACCCUAAGACACACUUUCAGUUCUGCAUCCUGUACAGACCUGCUGACCUCGUUAUGAUAAAUGUCCGAAUUCUAUCACUUCUUGGAGAGUCAAAGCAGAAGGGACUAAUCUGCAGGUGGAAGCUUGAUUUUGCAUCAUUCAUAUCAGAAUCUUCUGUGAUUUCAAAGGGUCGAGCAGCACUAAUUCCACAGCUGGACAUCCCUCAUUCAAUAAUGCUGAAAUUAACUAAUUAGAAGAGCCUACAAGAAAGAAAAAAGAUUGCCAUUUCUAUGGUGAACAAAGCUGAGAUCUUAUAGAAAUCCAGAAGAAGUGGUAUAAACAUCUGCCCAUUUACUACAAAGGAUAUUUCUGGUUUGAUCUGCAUAUGACCUCCUGAGAGCCAAGGCUCUUGUUGAACCAUGAAGGAGCAGAUUGCUGAAUUCUUCAAUGCUUUUUGGAUGCUUAUGAUCACCAAACACAAUGAGGGCAUUUACAACACAGUGUGUGUUGUUGUGCUCCUUUUGCUGCCUCUACUUGUUUUCUUCACUUCCCUGGUUGUUUGCUGUCACUGCUGCUCAUCACUUUGCAGAGGAUGCCACUGUUGCUGUUGUAGAGAUUCUGCCACACUGACAGGGACACAGGUUGAAAAGAAAAAGAAAAAAAGGAAGAAUGGUGGCCAGAAUGAGGAGGACUUGUGGAUUUCAGUCAAAACAGACCCCAUGCCUCCAGAUAGACUGGCCCUUACCAUUGUGUAGUUGGGUCAUGAUCUGUUUUGAAAUACGGCUUGGAUAUUUAUAUAUGCCUAGCUCAUACAUAAGUUACAUUACUUACUAGUAUGUCAAGCUAACUGGAUGUAUUAUAAUAUUGAAGACUGGAAUGAGUUUAGUCAUCGUGACUAAGAACUACUAGACAUUUAGAAUUCCUUUCCUAGAUUAACUUAAUUUUAUGAAACUUCAUUUAAACAAGCAAGGAUUAUGUGAAAUGGAUAAAAAGGUACAAAACUAAUCCUUUGCUUAACCCUAAACUUUGCUGCAAACUAAGAUAAUUGUUUGUGCAAUAGAGGUGGAUUCCCCUUUCGUAUUUCUAAAUACAACACUGCUGACAGUGCAAAGAGGAAAGAACUUCCUGGAUGUUCACAUAAGGCACUUGUGUUAAGCAAUAACACCUCUGUAAGAAAUAAAGGCCUGUAAAAAUGCAAAGAUGUUUUAACACCUUUUGUCAAAUUCAUUUUCAUUACUGUGAAAGAAUAAGAAUAGUGAUUUUACCGCACAAAUGUUUUUGCUCUGCCAUUCAGUGUAGCCUAUAAUUUGUGAUUAAAUUGGCUUGUUUUCCAAUGAGACAACCUAGAGUUGAAAUCAUGACACAUACGAAUAAUGGUAGAGAAGGUACAUUUUGAAUUUAUGGGCCAACAAUGAGGGAAAGCAGUUGAAUUAGCAUGAGCAUGUUAAUUUCAGGUGUGUGAUAAUGAAUUUACUUAUGCAGCAUGUUUUUUGCUUUCUCUAUACUGUUGAUGUAUGGAAAUUAAUACAGUCCUGUGUCUUGUUUUUAACCUAAUUAAAAUAAAGGUGCUGUAUUUUUCUA